GCCCUUCGCCUUACGCUUGCUCACACUCCUUCUCUUGCUCACACCCCAGGCUGACCGUGCAGACGCUUCUGUUCUUGCUCGCAUCACGCCCGCUGUCACGUACCAACGCUUGCAACCAUCGAUCGCACCACCGCAUUCAACCGCGGCAUAACGGAAACGGCACAGCACCACCACCAUUUCCAUUGACGAACGGUUGCGAGACAAGAAGAGAACAUCAUCACAUCAUGGCAACGCGACGCAGGACCUCGACGGCUGGGCGCUCGUUCAAGGAGCGAGUGAAGGCGGCGGUGACCGACAACCCAUGGGAUCGCGCCGUCAUCAAAGCCACAGACUCCUCAAAGGACUUGCCAAAGUCCAAACACGUCAAAGUGCUCGUGGACUGCACGUUCAAUCCGAGCGUGCCUGCCGCGGAUAUUGCAGAGGGCCUGUUCCGCAGGGCGCAGGGCGCAUCAUCGUGGCACGUCGCCAUCAAGGCCCUCUGCGUCAUCCACAAGCUGCUCAGGGACGGCCACGAGAAAUUCGGCCACUACCUCGCCACACGAUCCAGUCAGCUGCAGCUCGGCGCGUUCAUGGACAUCAAGUCUGGCGAAGGCCCCGCCAUGUCGCUGUUCCUGCGGGCGUACGCGCGCUACCUCAACCUGAAGAUGACCGCCAUUCGUCGUCACGGCUUUGACUUUUGCCACGCAAAGGCUCCGGCGGCGUUUGAGUAUCUCAAAACGGAGCAGGGACAGAAGCUGACAGCGACGAUUGAGGAGCUGCAGGACACAAUUCGCGAGCUCGUCGCUACUGUGCGGGCAGCGCGGGGCCGCCAGCCGUCCUCGCUCGACGCCGCCGACACACCGCUGCCACAGCUCUCCGUCGCAGAGAUGAUGCACAUCCCACUCCUCAGGACAUAUGACAUUCUCGACGGCAGGCAAAUCCCGCCGCUUGCAGAUGCGCCUGCGUCCAUCCUGCCUGCGCUGCGGGAUUACCUUUCGUCCGAAAAGACGGGUGCUGGUGCGCCGUCAGCCAAGCAGACGAAUGACACCAUCUCCCUCUUUGGUCAGACCGCACAGGCCGCAACCGACCUUGGCCUUAGCCUCCCGGGCUUUGCUGACUCGGAAGCAUGAUAUGUGUGCGCGUGCGUGCGUGCGUGCGUGUGUGCGUGUCUGUGUCUGUGUGUCUGUAUGUCUGCCUCUCUGUCUGCCUGCCUCUCUGUCUGUCUGUCUGCCUGUCUGUCUGUCUGUCUGCCUGCCUGUCCGUUUGUUCGUUGGUCGUUUGCGUGCACGGGCCUUUUUCCCUUGAACCACUUCCGUUCGCUUCCGCCCAUUUGAAAUUUUGGCACAGUCAUGUUGUUUCAGUUACACUUUCAUCUCUGUGACUCAGAC